AUGGCCUCAAAGCUGCUUAAACUAACUGCCUACAAGGCCAAAAAUGAGCUUGAACUCUCUCUAAAGCAAGCUUUUGAGGAGCUUGAACCAAAACUAAGGCCCCUCUUUCCUUUAACAAUACCAACCCCACAGGAAUAUUCAAAACUCAACCUUGCUAUUCUUUAUGGGGUUUUAACCGAAUCCCAUUUGGCUAAAACACAUAUAAAGCAUCUACAUUCUAUAGUUACUGAUGGGUAUGCUUUGUUUGUUAGCUUGAUUGUGAAAAUUGUUAAUGAUUUGUACGGUAAGUUUGUUGAUUCGGUGAAGGACCAGUUGAUUUGGGUUGUUAAAGAAAUGGUUGACGUUUUAGGAGUGGGAUUUGAUGGUUUGUUAGUUUCUUUGUUGAGGCAGAUUGUCGGUGGGGAUUUUAGUGAUCGGAAUUUGUGGUUAUGUUUUGAGUUGUCUGCUCUUUUUUCAAGCAAAUGGGAUUGUUUAGUAGAAGAAGCGCCAUUCGUUUUGACUAGUGCUUUGUUUGUAUAUCUUCGGGUAUUAGCUGAUCAUUGUAAGGUAUCGAGUGAUGCUAAGAUAGAGUCUUUGAAAAGAUUAGAGAUUGAGUUUUGUGUCAAGAUGUUGAGGGAGCAAUUUCAUUUGUGUAUGAAGAUUGGGAGAGACCUCAUUAGAUUGCUUCGAGAUUUGGUUCAUGUCCCUGAGUUUCGAGCUAUAUGGAAGGAUUUGGUGUUGAGCCCAAGAGAGUUUGGGAUGGAAGGAUUUUCAGAUGUUUCACAGUUGUACUGCUCUAGGACUUCUAGUCUGUACUUUUUGCUUCGGAUUACUCCCGAAAUGGAAACCCAAUUGAGGUUUUUACUCAUGCAUGUUAAGUUUGGGAAUCAGAAACGAUACCAAAUGUGGUUUGCCAGGAAGUUUCUUUUUGGACAAGAGAGAGAGACUCUUGUAAUUGACAUUGUUCGGUUCAUAUGUUGUGCACACCACCCAUCGAAUGAAACUAUUCAGUCGGACAUUAUACCAAGAUGGGCUGUUAUAGGUUGGCUUCUGAAAUCUUGUAGAGAAAAAUAUGUUGAAGCUAAUGUGAAGCUGGCCUUAUUUUAUGACUGGCUUUUCUUUGACGAAAAGAUUGACAAUAUAAUGAAUAUUGAGCCUGCAAUGCUAUUAAUGGUAUGCUCUAUACCAAAAUAUGUAGACAUAACUCACUCUCUUCUUGAAUUUUUAUUGUUUCUUGCUGAAAACUAUGACGUGGACCGUAAUUAUGUCAUUAUAAGGGGUUUGUCAUCAGCUAUGAGGGCGCUUGUUCGAAGAGGAGUGGUGCCAUUUAUGGAACAAGGCAGUCAGGUGCCUGGACUUAUGAAGAUCAGGUACAUUGGACAAACCACAAUUGGUAGUGCUGCCAUUUUUGGUCUCUUCCUUGGUGCUGGGAGCUUGAUACAUUGUGGGACGUCAUAUUUUUAUGUGGCAAAAUGCAUUGUUGUUGAAAAGCGAAAGAAAGUUGAAGGGCACGGUAUUGGUGGUGGUGGAGCCAUCACAGCUUUAAAGAAAGUGGCUUACUUGCUCAAGGAUCUCCAAGACGAGUCUGUUUUGAUAUGGUUCUCUGGGAAAGAGGAGAAACAUCUCAGACUAAGCCAUGUAUCUAGAAUCAUAUCUGGGCAGCACACAGUAAGUUCUUGCUAUGAAACGAUUGUGGUUUACUUGGCUACUCUUCCUUGA